AUGCGGUGUAUGAAUGAAUACACAUGGCUGCAGCACCACAACCUGUCUACUGGCUGGGUAAUGACACCUUGAGGGUGUCUGCUGCCCUUUUUGCCGAGAACCGUCAACGACUGUGCAAAGGACUGAAAGCCAAAGACGGAGUGGUGCCAAAGUCAGUGGUGGUGCUGCAGGGAGGAGAGCAGGAGCAGAGAUACUGCACAGACACAGACCUCCUUUUCAGGCAGGAGUCUUUCUUCCACUGGGCUUUUGGAGUAACUGAGCCUGACUGUUAUGGUGCCAUUGAUGUGGACUCUGGGAAAUCCAUCCUUUUUGUUCCCAAACUGCCUGAAAGCUAUGCCACUUGGAUGGGAGAGAUUUUUCCAAAAGAGCACUUCAAGGAGAAGUACGCUGUUGAUGAGGUGCAAUACACCUGUGAUAUUGUUGAUGUCCUGUCCAACCUGAGACCAGCAGUGCUUCUAACACUGCGAGGACAAAAUACAGAUAGUGGGAGCAUCUGCCGUGAAGCCUCCUUUGAAGGAAUUAGUCGCUUCCAAGUAAACAACACUCUUUUACACCCAGUCAUUGUGGAAUGCCGUCUGAUUAAGACUGACAUGGAGCUGGAGGUCCUGCGCUACACCAACAGGAUUUCCAGUGAAGCCCACAAAAUGGUCAUGAAGCAUGUGAAAGCUGGACAGAAAGAAUAUGAAAUGGAGAGCCUAUUCCAGCACUACUGCUACACCAAAGGAGGGAUGCGCCACACCUCAUACACCUGUAUCUGUGGGACAGGUCAUAAUUCUUCUGUCAUCUUCUACGGCCAUGCUGGGGCUCCUAAUGACAAGACAGCUAUGGAUGGAGACAUGUGUCUGUUUGACAUGGGUGGAGAGUACUACUGCUACACAUCAGACAUCACCUGCUCCUUCCCAGCCAACGGCAAGUUUACUCCAGACCAGAAGGCCAUGUACGAGGCCGUCCUCAGGUCUUCCCGAGCCGUCAUGGCUGCCAUCCAACCAGGUGUUAAGUGGACUGACAUGCACCGCCUGGCUGACCGAGUUCACCUGGAGGAGCUGGUGAAGAUCGGCAUCCUGAAUGGCAGCGUGGAGGACAUGAUGAAGGUCCACUUGGGCUCCAUCUUCAUGCCCCACGGCCUGGGACACCUGCUGGGCAUUGAUGUGCACGAUGUGGGAGGCUACCCUGAGGGGGUUGAGCGUAUCAAUGAGCCUGGACUGCAGAAUCUUCUGAUGGGCCGCCUGGUUCAGGAGAGGAUGGUUCUCACUGUGGAGCCCGGCAUAUACUUCAUAAACCACCUUCUGGACCAGGCCCUUGCCAGUCCUACCCAGAGCUGCUUCAUCAACAACCAAGUGCUGGCUCGCUUCCGUGGCUUUGGAGGGGUUCGCAUUGAAGAAAACAUAGCCGUGACAGCAGAUGGUAUAGAGCUGCUGACCUGCGUCCCUCGCACCGUGGAGGAGAUUGAAGCUUUCAUGGCUGACUCUGCAAAAACCUUCAGCCCUGUCCUCAGCAGUGAGAAACUCUGAAUGCCAUCUCUCUUAAAGUCAGAGCUGUUCACUGCACUGUCAUUGAUUAGCUCACAUAAACAAGCAAAGAAUAUUCUUUAUUCUGAAUUUAAUAUCACUUUUAUACCUCACUUAUUUAACAGUAGAAUUAACACGUUUAACAAGCAAAAGCAUAAAGUUUCAUAUAGUAUCUUUAUUUAUCACCUGGGAGCCAAUCCCAGCCAACACUGGAUGAGAGGUGGGGUACACCUUGAACAGGGCGCCAUACAGGUCGCUGACAUACAGACACAAACUACCAGUCACGCUCACAUUCACAGCUGUGGACAAUUUUGAGGCUCCAGCCUCCAGACCUUGUUCUGUUUUUGGACUGUGGGAAGAAGCUGGAGUACCCAGACAUGACGACUCCGUUCACAAAAGCCCCAGAUUCAAACCUGGGACAAGACAUUAAAUUUUUUAGAAAUAAUUCGUAUUCUUUUGUGUUUCUAUUUGUAAACACUGAUUUAG